AUGCCGCAUCCUGAACGGCAUUACGCCGCCGACCCACGUUACCGAGAUUCAAGAGACAACGAGGAUCCACGUCUAUAUGACAGAGGCGACAUCCGUAAACGAUCAAUUGCCGAGACGGAACAGCAUGACCCGCGUGAAGGCACUUCCAAGCGUGAAAAACUCGAGCGCAUCUCAACCGUCAUCCAGAUCAACGGGCUAUACUUCAACACCGACCUCGAUCGGCUGAAAUCGUCUUUGCGUGACUGGUGCCACUCACCGACCGUCCGCAUCCAGACAGCCUAUCGUCAAACAGGAGAGCGUGGUCCGCCUCGUAUUAUUGGUUACGCGGACAUCGGCUCAGUGGACGCGGUUCGACGAUGGAUGAGCACCAGCAAGGGAGAAAUCCGCUGGUACGAUGGCUCCGUCUUCCAAUGUGAAACGCUCAAGCCCUUUUCGGACAGUGCUACUUGGACUUGCGCAUUGUGUUCGUCGAUCGUCUCCAGCUCUCAGGAUGCGUGCCUGAAAUGUUCGACGAUUCGCCUCGAGAGCGAAAAUCUUCAUAUGCUCGGACUGCCGCUGGUUGGGACGGUUCCAACUGACACCCUUCUUCUGCGAGAUCUUCCGAAGGGCAUCACUGGGCAAAGGAUCGCCGACUCGCUGUCUCGCGUGGCCUCUCUCGUCCCGAUCACCCACAUCCAUUUGGCCAAGAGCAAGAAAUUUGCCUUUGUUCAAUUGAGGGAAAUAUCGCAUGCGGAGAUGCUGUUAGAGUGUUUUAAGCAAGCUCCACUGGUGAUAGAUAGCCGAACGAUCUGCAUUGCAUUCUGCAGUCAAUCCUAUCCGGAAUGGAAGGCCGCGCAGGAGAAUGUGACACAGCCAGUGGCUGCAAGCGAUACGUGGAGGACGCCGGCAAACGAACCCAGGCCGCCGGGUCCUGCACCAGCUGUUCCGUCUGCGCUCCCCGCUUAUUCUACUCCAACGAACGUCCAGCGGCCUCCGUCCGUCAUCAGCCCGUUGCUACAUGGAGUGCCUCGCUUCGACCCUUCGCAGCCUCCUCCUUGCUUCCUCCCCAUGCCCGACCUCUCGCGCCCACCUCCAAUGAUCUUCAACGCUCCGAACGUGGCCAUGGCUCCGCCUACGAUCUCGCCGGGAAUUGUUGGAGCCGUGCCACAGUCACCGAUGAUAAUGGGACAGCCUCUUCAUCAAGCCCCUCCAUUCCCGCAGCAAGUUGCGCCCUUCACCCAACAAGCUCCGUACUUGUCCGCGCCGAUCCAUCCGCAUCUAGCCGCCGUGCCGCCGCACACUCUGUCGCAACAGACGUCUGCUCCACCCGGAUUCACGACCACGCAGCCCCAACCUCACCCAACUAUCAACUACGCUGUGCCGCCUCCCCAAACUAGCCAGCCACCGCCAGAGGGUCCACCAGCCGGCGGGGUUAUCGGGCAGGUCACCACGCCGCAUGGAACUUUCCCAAAAUAUGUCACCCCGGAUCCCACCAAAUUCGUCGACGAACCGAAGAGCGGCUACAAAAUCGACCCGGCCACGCUGUUCUACUACGACGUGGUCAGCCAAAACUACUACGUGAGCGCGCUGAAGAAAUGGUGCUACUGGGACGCUCAACAUUCCACGUAUUUGCCAACCGAAACCAAGUCUGCGGUUCAAAAUUCCGUGUCCGAGGCACCCACGCAAGCAGCGGCCGCUCCUGGGGAGAUUCCGGCGGAAAUCAGAAAUCCUGCACCCGACCGAGCCGCAGAAGCCCCAGGCGCCAAAUAUGUUGGCGAUCGCAAUACGGAAGCCUCUUACCUUCAACAAAUGCGCGAGCGUCCUACAGAGCCCCCUGCUGCCCAGUCAGCCGAGCCACAGAAAAGUGCUGAGGAGAUAACCAAGGAGAUGCAGCGUUGGGCCAGGAAGCAGGAAAAGGAACGAGCAAAGAUAAGCAUUACGCUGACGAAAAAGCCGGAUCCGGCUGGCAAUAACAAGGUGGCAACGAAUGGGCGUAAUAGCGACGUUGGGGCAAAGAUUCUGGAAAAGAUGCAGAACCCGUUGAAGCACCCGGAUCUGGACAGUAGUGACGAGGAAGAGGCGUUGCCGGCGCCUGUAGCUUCUCAGCUGUCUGCUGCAAAGACGGCCUCCGUCGAUGAACCGCCACCUUCUAAUACAUUGACCGCCCAGAUGGCACGUGAACUUAUGGAAAGGGGCCUUGUCGACCGCGAAUCAAAAACGUGCCAACUGUGCCAUCGCGCCUUCACAACGGUUGAGGUCCUGGAUAAGCACGUCGAGCGUUCCGAGCUUCAUCGCGCCAACUUGGAGGAGAAGCGCCGGGAAUGGAGCCGGGACUAUGUUCGCAGCAUGAUGGACGCCUCGGAUGGACAG